GUGCACUUCAGCGGGUAUUGAAAUGACAGGCUUUUAAGUCCUGCAUAUUGUACUUGACGGCGAAGCGGGACACAAUUGGGACGCACCCGGUGAGAUUUCGUCUAGAAAAGAUGCAUGUUAUAGAUCAUUUCCUUAUGCUGACCCUUUAACAUUUCCCAUGUGGCAACUACGGAGGCUGGUGGUCCGACAUCAUUUCCUGUCCGGGUGUCACAAUCGGACCAUCACCGACGUUACCCACCACAAUUAUGACGUCAUAGUGGUGGGUGGUGGCCAUGCUGGAACGGAGGCAGCCGCUGCGGCAACCAGGAUCGGAGCCAAAACGCUUCUGGUGACGCAGAAGUUCGAAACGAUCGGGGCGCUGUCUUGUAACCCCUCACUGGGAGGAGUAGGAAAAGGUCAGCUGGUGAAGGAGGUGGAUGCUCUGGAUGGCCUGAUGGGUCGAGCUGGCGACUACGCCGGCGUUCACUUCUCCAUCCUCAAUCGUAGUAAAGGACCUGCAGUGUGGGGCCCGAGGGCACAGCUAGACCGAGAACGCUACAAGGAGUUCAUUCAGUCGGAGUUGCUCAGUACGCCCAAUCUGACUGUAAUCGAGGGAUCUGUCGAGGAUUUCAUCGUGUCACCGGCCGACCCGGGAAAACCAGGAAAAAGUAGAGUGACUGGCGUUCGCAUAGCCAAUGGCGUUGGGGAAAUCCUCGCCAGUUCCGUCGUCAUCACCACCGGCACUUUCCUUUCCGGUUCCCUCUUUAUGGGCCAGACCACCUCUCCGGGAGGGAGGAUGGGCGAACCCCCGUCCUGCGCCAGUAUCUCCUACAGUCUGAGAGAAGUCCUCGGGUUAAAACUCGGCCGCCUGAGGACCGGGACGCCGCCUCGGAUCGUGAAAGACACAAUUGAUUUCUCCCUCGCCGAACUUCACCUUCCAGACCCGCAGCCGACUCCGUUUAGCUUUGUCAACAAACGCACACAUUGCAAGCCUGAGGAUCAGCUCCCUUGUCACCUGACGUACACGACACCGGGUGUGGAUCGAGUGGUGCGAGAGAGUUUGCAUGUGAACUCGCACAUACAGCAGGACACCAAAGGACCCAGGUACUGUCCGUCCAUCGAGUCUCGGGUUCUGCGUUUCCCAGGGCGACAGCAUCAGGUGUGGUUGGAACCGGAAGGCUUGACGUCCGACCUCGUGUACCCUCAGGGCUUGUCCAUGACGAUGACCCCCGAGCUGCAGCUUCGGCUCCUCAGGGAAAUUCCUCCUCUGCAUCGGGCGGAGAUUAGAACACCGGGUUACGGGGUGCAGUAUGACUUCAUUUGCCCCAUGCAGCUCUUUCCAUGGCUGCAGGUGAAGCGCGUUCAGGGGCUUUUCCUGGCAGGGCAGAUUAAUGGGACGACGGGCUACGAGGAAGCAGCAGCACAGGGUUUGUGGGCGGGUGUGAACGCCGGAAGGACCGCCCUCUCACUCCCACCGCUGUCCCUGUCUCGUACCGAGAGCUACAUUGGCGUGAUGAUCGACGACCUGGUGAGUCGCGGAGUUACUGAACCGUACCGCAUGUUCACCAGCCGCGCCGAGUUCAGGACCUCGCUCCGGCCCGAUAACGCCGACCUGCGCCUCACGCUCAGAGGUUUUGAAGAGGUGGGUUGCGUGUCGUCACAGCGCUACAGCGAGGCAUCGCGAACGAGCUGUGCUCUGAGCGAAGCUCUCUUCGCCCUGCGCUCGGUCACAUUGUCCUCCCCUCGCUGGAGAGAGAAACUGAGAGGCGUCGGGAUCAGCGAGGCGAAAAGCACGCUCGUCAGCGGAGAGGAGAUGCUGCAGCAUAAAGAGGUCUCAUUUGAAAUGCUGGCCUCCAUCUUCCCUGAGAUUUUAGCACCAUACCUCGAAUUUUCCCAGCGGAUUAAAAUCGAAGCGGUGUACCGUCCACACUGCGAGAAUCAGAAGAGAGAGAUGGUGAGGAUCCAGGAGGAAGAAAGUCUCACGCUUCCUCCGGACAUCGACUACCUCUCGCUUCCCGUAUCUCUCUCUGACGAGGUGCGGGAGGUGCUGGAUCGAGCGCGGCCCGACACCCUGGGAGCGGCAACCCGUCUGCCAGGCGUCACUCCGGCCGCCGUCGUCCACCUGCUCAACUACGUCACCAAGACGGAGCGCAAAACAGAGCGAGCAAGAGAACGUGGACUUAGAGACAUGAACUGACAGUAAAGGAAUAAAAAAAAUUUUUAAUGCAAAUAAAAGAAAGAAUUUAUUUAAAUGCAAAAAAAAAAAAAAGAUUUAUUUGAAUGCUA